AUGGGGUGGAUCUGGCUGGCAGUGGUCCUCUUGACGAGCGGGCUUGCUCCUGCCCUGGGGGCAGGCUCCUUGUGCGCCGCGCCCUGCACGCCCAACUUUAAAGGCACCUACGUGGUCUGCAGCUAUCGCCGCUUGCUGAGCCUCGAUGUUCCCCUUUGCCCCAAUCAGAUGUCUCCCGAUGUUCGCGUGACGUGCGAUCUUGACGCCGCCACCACACCCGUCUCCCCCGACUGGACGGUGGCCGGCCCCCAUGUGGCACCAUUGUUCAACAACAUGUCCUCGCUGUCUCUGCAAACCACCAAUGGGCCCUGUUGCACGCUGCCCCAGCGCAACGACACGGCCUUUCCAACUCUCAAGAAGCUCGAUUUGCAAUGCACCACCUCCCUCGAAUUCUGGGCGACCCUGCCCACACCCCUUUUCACGACGCUCGCCACUCUUCGCUUAACCGUCCCCGCCUCCAACGCCCUGAGCCCACGGGAUCUUCCACCCCCGUCCCCACCGCUUGUUGGCGUCACCGCCUUUGACAUCAGCGCCGCCGAUCUUGUGCAAGUCACCCCCGACGCCACCUUUGAUGGUCUUCCCAAUCUCUCCGUCCUCAAUCUGGCGGGAAAUUUGCUCACAGCUGCCCCUGGCCAGCUCUGGCAGCGUCUCACCGCGCUUCGUUUCCUCGAUCUCAGCGACAACUACCUGCAAAACUUGGACUCUGCCGCUCUCCCAAGCUCGCUCCAAGUUCUCAAUCUUAGCCGCAAUCGCCUGCCCACCCUCCCGGCUGCCCAGCUCCAGGCCCUCACGCAGCUGCAAGAACUUCACCUCGGAUCCAAUGUGCUCACCACCUUAGCGCCUGGCGUCUUCGCUCCCACCUCCAAUCUUCGGCAGCUCACCCUUGCGGCCAACCAUCUCACCGAUCUUCCUAGCACCGGUCUCUUCGCGGCCCUGACCCGCCUCCAACUCCUCGAACUGUCCGACAAUGCCCUGACCAAGCUUCGAGCCGGCGCCCUGCGGGGCUUGGGACAGCUGCGCACCAUCAACCUCAGUUUCAAUCAAUUGCAGACCAUGGAAGCCCAGGCACUCGCAACCGUCCCCCAGCUUCGUGUGCUCAACAUGACUGGCAAUGCCGGCCUCAAGACAUUUCCAACCGAGCUCUUUGCACACCAGGGCUUGCUCGAGCAGCUGCUCUUUCCAGGGUGUGGGCUGACGGGCUUCGCCUCAAACCAGUUUGACGCUCUCACUAGUCUGCAGCAGUUGGCCUUUUAUUCCAAUAACGUGGCCACCAUUCACCCUCAGCAGUUUGCACGCCUGACCAACCUCGUGUACCUGCCCAUGGCCUCUAAUCGGCUCAAGGAGCUUCCCCCGCACAUUUUUGAUUCCCUGACGCGCCUUGAGGUCCUCUACAUUGACUCGCACCGCUUCACCAGUCUCCCGCCGGGCAUUUUUGACCGCCUCACAAACCUUCAGCAGCUUUUUGCUUACAAUCUCAAUCUCACGAGCAUCGAUCCUGGCCUGGUGCGCCACAACACCAAUCUACGCUAUCUGGACUUGAGCAACUCCUUCCAGCCUGCCCACAGUCAAACUGUGGACCUCCAGCUCUCGGGCCUUGUCAACCUCACGACUCUGCUCUUGACCAGCCUCCAGCUGCCCGCUGGCACCAAUCAGGCCCUGCUGGCGCGCACCAAUCUGGAACACGUGGAACUCGGCGGGGCCUCGGUGUGCGACCCUGCAACUGGUAUUGGCAAUUUUACACUGAGCGACGCCAUGUCGCGGUUCGUGCUGCAAGACACCAACUGCGAGGCCAUCUGGGUGGCGGCCCAUCGGGUGGCGGCCGAAGUUGUGCUCAUGUACAACAAACAACUGACCAGCGUCACGGUUCGCGCAAUUGAUCUGCACGAGCUGGCCGUUUCCCACAACCCCGUGCUGCGCACGCUCUCCAGCCCAGCCUGCACUGAAUUUGAUAUGAGCGGCACACCCUUGCCGUAUGACGACCGAUACUGCCAGGCCUGGGGGCAGAAUGUGUUUCAGGCACGGAGCCUGAGCGAUCCAAGUUCGUACAGCGACAAUCUGGCUCGUUUUUUGCGCAAUUGCUUUUAUAAUGCUGCCAUUCUGGAUCUGAGUGGUAACGGCUUUAUGAACCGGCUCACCGUGAUGCGUGAGACGCUCGGCCAACCUUUUCUGGUGGGCACGGGGAUGGUGCAGCCGCGGGUGCAGAUCAACCGAAUGUGGACGCCCGUGUUGUCUUUUGCAGCGGUGCCUGCUCUUGUGCUGCAGGAUGUGCCGGCCAAGUGUUCCCUGCAGUCACGCUGGGACCGCAUAUUUGACCAGGCCAACAACAACGAGGCUGUGGACGUGUAUCAGCAGUUUGACUGCGCAUGCGUCCCAGGGUACUCGACUCAGGGCGCAGCAGGUACCUGCACGCGCAACAAGACGUUCUUGGACCAUUGGUGGGGCAUUCUCAUCGUGGUGGUUGCCAGCACGCUGGUUACGCUGCCGUUUUUCAUCUGCGUGCUGCGCGUGAUUUUCCGCCGCCUGCGCAAGGUGGAAGAUGAUCUCGAGCUCAACGCGCGCCUUCUUGAAAACGCCGAGACUGUGGUUUCGGCCCUCAAGAAGGGGUGGGAGAUCGACUUUGAGGAACUCGCGCUCCGCGAGCGCAUCGACGGGAGCAUCCCAGGCACGUUUGGGGAAGUGUAUCGGGCCGAGUGGGGCAAGUUUGAGGUGUGCGUCAAGGUUUUACGCCUCAACUGGCUGCAUAUGGACCCAAUGGUACGGCAAGACUUUGAAAAGGAGGCCGAAUUUUUGCAACAGACCAAGCACAGGAACCUCGUGCGUUUCUUUGGCCUGGGGGAGACCAACUGGAGUCCGCCAGCUCCCUUUAUCGUGCUCGAGCUGGUGGAGCGCGGUGCUCUCAACGAUGUCCUCAACAAAGAGCAUCUGCCAUGGCGCACCAAGCUGAGCAUUGCAGCGGACGCUUCGCGUGGUUUGGCUUUUAUUCACAGCCUGGGCCAUCUGCACCGAGACGUCAAGAGCGGCAACUGCCUGAUUACGAGUGAUUAUCGCUGCAAAAUCAACGACUUUGGGACCCUGAAGCGGCCUUCAGAGGAUCGCGAGCGAGAGCAUCUCAGGGGCGUGGAGGAUGACGAGGGCUGGAUUGCUCUGGGUUCGCUAGCCAGCACGGUUGCGUCGACGGGCUCGAGCCAAGCCGCUCUUAUGACCAUGUCGACAACGGCCGGCACACCCAUGUACAUGGCGCCCGAGUGCUUGUUGCAGGGCAAGGUGUCUCCUGCCGCGGAUGUUUUUGCUUUUUCACUUAUUCUGUGGGAACUGCACUUUGAGCGUAGCCCGGACAUUUUGCGCGAGCUUGAGGUUCCGCUGCGCGGACCGCUGUUUCCCACCCUGUGCCGAGUGUACCGCGAAGGGCGCCACUUGCCCUUGGAGGGCAUGGUCGACUGGUAUCAACGGCUUUGCGCAGCGUGCAUGAGCCUCGAGCCGGCUGAUCGACCCUCUUUUGACAGCGUCUUGCACGAGCUUGAAGCAACCUUGGCGCACCCGGACCUUGACAUGGAGGUCAAGGCGGUGGUGUCUCAGCCCCAACUUGACCUCGACACCUCUACAGAAGAACAGCGCGUUUAA